AUGUCCGACACAGACGAGCUGAUCAGGAUGGCUUUCCAGGAAACCUGCGACGGUGUGCCCGCCCCAGACCCCAACGGCCAAUUCGAUAUGACCAGGUUCAAUUUCCCCUCUAAUAUGUUCAAUGCGCAGCCCCUUCCCGACAUUUCCACAUUUGGCCUGGCGGGCGCGGACCUGGUGCCACCCGAGGGAACACAAGAAGAAGCCGACUUGAUGCAGAUGCUGGAGGAAAACGGCAUCAGCAUCGGCCUCCCAGCUAGGGUCCCGUACAUGGACCACAAUUAUGACCAAGGCCUCUCCCUGAUCUUCCCGUCCGGCACCACAUCCGCUAUGACCAGAUCUGCAACCGACGGGAACGGAUAUGCCACACAGUCCGCCGUGGAUCCUGAAUGGUUUUCGCGGAGUAAGUCGAGAUAG